GCAAAGGGGCCGCUCCCUGGAAUUACACACCAGGGAAUUUUUUUUGGAGUUGGCGUGCUUAUCACACUUUCCCGACUGCUCGCUCUCCAGCGUAAGCGAGCGGUCCCGGGCACGCCUCCCAGGGAGCGGUCCUCCUAAAAAUGUCACUGCAUUCGUGGAAUGGGUGUUGGUGAGUAACAAGGGCAACAUGUUUACUAGUUAUUAGGAGGCUGUUACAUAACACCUGCACACAUCUAAAAUACAGACACGCAUGCGAUUUUCUCUCAACUGAUUACUUUCACUUUAGACACAACCAGCUGUGUUUAUGUAAACCUUGUGUGUAUUUGACAGUAUUAGUGCAAUCAGACGCGAAAGAUAAAGUCCACUAUUCGGGCGCUGUUUGACAAGCUUUUAGUGUGUGCGCGCGCGCUUUGGGUGUACGCGCUCAGAAAAAGCGCAUGUCAGAAUGAAAUGAAUGAAAUGUUUAACCGACAAGGCUUUGAAGCACAUGCAAACAAUGAACUUUUGUGAUAGCGAAUAAGUGCAGAGUCCCGUGAGUGUAACUCUACCGCUGCGUUAACGUGAUGCAAAUGUACGUCGAGUUGUACAGUAUUGUGACGGAGGCACAGAACUGCAACUGAUUGAAUAAGCGCUGUAAAAAUCAAUCUGUCAUUUUAUUUGCUCUCGGGGGCCGCCUGGUGGCGGCGGGGCCCUAAGCAGCUGCUUAGCUCGCUUAUAGGGAGGGCCGGCUCUGGUAACAACUCGCCUUUCACCAUCGGCCCCGCGGAGGAUGACUUAAAAAGUGAAAGUGAAAGUGACACGUGAAGGCCAAGUAUGGUAACCCACAGGGACGUGCAAAGACAUUUUGGGGGGCAGGGGCUCAAGUGGAAAAAAAGGGCACUUCUCAUAAUUAUUUAUUUUAAAAAAAUAAUAAUAAACCCUUAAAUAUAUUAAGACAAUUUUGACUUCCUUACCAAUUUAUUUUAAUUCCCUUACACUCACGCAAUUGUUUUAUACUCCACAGGUUUCUACAGAAUAAUCAGUUCACACAGAGACCAUGGUCUUCUUUAGUAUUCACUAGGUUUAUCACAAGAGAAGGAAACAGCAACUAUUAUAUAUUUAGAAUAAAUGACUGCACCAAGGAGAGGGACAUAGUUUCACUAAUAAUUUGUUUAUUUUGCACAAAUCAAUAAAUCAUUUUAAUUCUUUUGGUGUUAUUGGAACACAUUUAGAUGGUGUUUGUUUUAAGCCUACUACCCUUCGUCUGUUUGCAUCUGUAGAUUUCUUCUAAAUUAACCAAAACAAGCAUAUCUGCAUAUUUAAACACAUCAAGAGUUUUUUUUCCCCCCUGAAAUGUUAUAAUUACAUUAUAUAUUAUAACAAAUGCCUGCAGAGGGCGCCAAACGCCUGCUGAUUUUUGUUGUUACACAGCACAGCAUGAUCAAAGCCAACCACAAUAAUUAAAAAUAUAUUAUUAGUUAAAUAAUAAUAUUCGGACACUUUUUUUUUAUAGAAAUGCUACAGCCACUGUAAUUUCUUCAACAAGAAUAUGUGGACAUCAAACAUGCAAAGACAGAGCGAGGGUUUAAACUUUUAUUGAAGUAUUAUGUAAGUGUAGAUUUAAGAAUAGCAUUAUGUAAUGCGGUAUUAUGAUUUUUAAAUAGUUUCAAUUGGAAUAAUGCGGUUCAUGGAUGUUCGUCCGUGGAAUUCUCCUCUUCUGGUAUUGACAGCCCUACAAAUAUCUUUACCAUGGUUCAAAACGCAAUGCAUAUCACAUUAAAAUAAUUCACAUGUUUGAGAACAUACAUAAGCUACAUGAAAGAAAUGCACGGUAUGGAUCCAUCUAGGGCUUUUUUCUUUUUCGCUUCUCAUCGCCAGACAGCAGUUGCAUUUUCCCGGGCAUAGUUGGCACAAGAUUUCAGCCUGCAGCAAACACGAGGUGGGGCGUGGCGCGCAUGGGUGCGGGAAUGAAUGGCGUGUCGAACAGGAAUCUAUGUUCAUUUAUUUAAAAAAAAAAAAAAAAAGAAAGAAAAGAAAAAAAAAGCACCCCAGAAAAAAAGGGCAUUUUCUCUCGAGGAAGAAAAAGGGCAGGGGCUCAAGCCCCUUUUAUGUCUAUGUGUGCACGUGCCUGGUAACCCAUACUCGGAAAAUGUUCCUCUGCAUUUAACCCAUCCAAGUUAGUGCACACACAUUAGGAGCAGAGUUAGUGAGCAGUGAGCAGUGAACACACACACACACACACACACACACUGCAAACUGUGAUACACACCCGGAGCAGUGGGCAGCCUUUAUGCUGUGGCGCCUGGGGAGCAAUUGGGGGUUUGGUGCCUUGCUCAAGAGCACCUCAGUCGAACCAGCAACCUUUGGGUUACCAGUCGGACUCACUAACGAUUAGGCUUAGCCACCAGCCCUACUCCACUGCCAGAGAUCAGCCAGCCACCACCGACGAACGACGCGACAGAGAUGUUACACAUGCCCACCGCAGACCGAGGAGGCCAGCCUGCCGCGAUGGAUGAGCCAGGACAGAGGACAGGUUUGGAUGGUACCAUUGCCCCGGAGCCCGCCUCACAGCAAGGUUCUGACCAGGUGCGUGAGCCGGUAACAUCGUGCGACUCUGAGGGAGUGCUUGUGGAGCUCGAGGGCUGGGAAGAUAGCCCCGCCCACACCACCACCGCUGUGGUUGAGAUGACUGCUGUCCCUGGCAACUAUACUGAGGAACUGAAAGGGUUUUUAUCAAUUCAAGAAAUGGCAAAUGGAGCAGAGAACGCAGCACUGUGGCGAACCGCGAGUCGUCAAAGUUCGAGAGCUGGAUUCAUAGAUAUGCUGUCGAUGGUCUAAAUGAUACCUGUGCCAGCGCUGACAUACAAACAGACCCGUGGUGGAGGCUGGAUCUGCUGAAUGAAUACCAAGUAAACAGAGUAGCCAUCACUAACAAAGCUGGUGACACCUAUUAUGAAAGGAUAAACGGUGCAGUGAUUCGUGUCGGAAACUUCCCUGCCGACGUUUACAGCAACCCCAUAUUGUCCAUCUUCCUGGAGAUGAGAAGGUUCUCACUCUUUGUGAGGUUGAAGUCUACGGGUUUCUGUUAGGAAAUCAGGCAGUAGGAGGAGCUGCUACACAGUCGUCAACAUUUGGGGGCUGGUUUGCUGAAAAGGCCAUUGAUGGUAAUCGAGGUCUCCAGCAAUCGAACGCAUCAUGCUCGUCAACUCUUAAUGAGACUAACCCUUGGUGGAGGCUGGAUAUGCGUGAUGUGUUAGUAGAGUGGUCGUCACUAAAAGAAACGACUGCUGCGCAGAACAAUUAGAUGGAUUGGAGAUUCACAUCGGAAACUCUUUGGGGAACAAAGGCAACAACAAUCCCAUAUGUGCUGUUAUUCCUCCUAUUCCAGCAGGAGAGUCCUACAGCUACUCAUGUAAUGGGAUGGAAGGACGAUAUGUGAAUCUGAUCAUUCCUGGAAACAUGAAGAUACUCACUCUCUGUGAGGUGGAGGUUUUUGGAAAAGGUCCUGUUUCAGAACAGUCAUUUGUAACGAUGCAGUUUAACUCCAGAGCUGACCUGACCAACCUGACGAUGAGAGAAAAUGUUCUGAAACAGGCGAGAGAAUAUCAGAGCCCUGUUUUGAUUUCCGUGAAGCAGGAAAUGCAGACAGAACCACGGAAUCCAAGAAAACAGACAACAUGAGGAAGGCGCAUGCUAAUUUGAAUUGGGAUCUGCUCUUGCUGAUAGAGGAUUGACACUGCGAUGGUCUCAAACUCCUAAACAGGCGAUCCAGAAGGUGAACGCUGAUAAACGUUGCGAUAAAGAAACUUGACACCCUGGAAGGUAUCUUUAAAAGGAAAACAAUUCGAAUGGUAGAUUUCUUGAUUUAUUUACAAUGUUAAGCCUCUUCAAGCACUUCUGCUGCCCUGUUUAAGCUAGUAAAACAAAACUAACUGAACAGCAUACUGAAAUAUAUCUUCCUAAUUAAUAAUUGUAAUAAUAUUUACUGUGCUUUCUAGAAGAUACUUUAUUUUAAAUAUAAGUUCUUUAGAUGUGAGAGAGCAAUAAAGUCACUGAUUCUUUGCUGUGACUGAAGUUAGUGUGGUGCUAAAUAAAUCCUAAAGAGUUUGGAAAGCUGCGACUGUGUUUUUAUUUAAUUAUUUUGUAAUUUCUGAAACAAUUAUUUACAGGUUUAAAUUAGACUUGUGGACCCCACUGUAUAUGCAAAUAUAAUCUCUUCUCUCUCUGCCCCAAAUCUGAUAUUAAAGCUAUUGAAAAAUAAAAAAAAGCUACUCCCGGAUGACUUAUUCAGAUUUAUUAUUAUUAUUUCCUAAACGUCUGUGCACUGUAAAGUUAUGGAUGUAAACAAACAAACAAACAAAUCCUUUCUUGUCCACACAAUGGUUCACUGACAGUAAUAUGUCGUACAUAAUUUGAAUAAAUUGACAUUCUAACCCACAUGCAAAAAACAGUGCAGACAUACACAACAAACACUCAAAAAUCUUUGAAAAAUUACAUAAGCAUUUAAACCAAUACAAUAUAGCUGUAUAUCAGCACAGCUGUGAUUCGCAGGCCAAGGGCCGUAGGUAAUCACAGCGUGCUGAUAUACAGUCAUAUUGUACAUCUACGAGUGUGAUAUUGCGUUUAUACAACAGUUCGACGGCACGAGUGUGUAACUAAUUAAGAACAACUACUUCUUUCCGCCACAGAUUCAAAUCUCAAGUUGACAGUUUAACAGUUGAGCCCAAGAUCCGUUACUAAUUCUAAAAGCUGUUUUAACUGAAAGCAACUUGUACUGACAUAUAUUAAAAUGUUUUUUUUCGAAGGCAAGUUUAUAAAAGCUAAUUUAAUGGGGUCAUCAUUGGCAUAUAAUGCAACAAAGACUGCUAAAGUCAUCUGAUUUUACUAAUAGACCUACCAAUCUCUGUGUAAAAAUAAAAUAAUAAAUUAAUUCUAAAGUAAUUUCCCCCUCCUAUAAUUUGGCUUCAAAUCUCAGGUGAAAAUUGUAAUGUUGACCCCCCUCUACAAAAUGGUGGAUUACUCAGUAAAUAUUCAUCCAUGGCAUUAUAUGUUUCGCCUUUUGUCACUGUGUAUGUUUGUCUUUCUUCAGAAAGAACUAUUAACAAAAUCUAAAAUUUUAGAUGACAGGUUUCUGAAUGUUGUUGAUUUGACGCAGAAAGGUCCAAUAAUAUUUCACAAUAUCAUGUUUUAUACUGCUUUUUUGAUCAACUUCUUUCAAAAACAUUAAAUAAUCUUACACACCCCAAAACUUUGUACAGUAGUGUAUGAAUAAAAAAUAACACCUAUAGAAAUGGUGCUCCAUUCAUUCGUCUGUUCGUUCUUUCAGUUUACAAUUAAUGUUGCAAAGUUCACUUUUUUUAAUGCAAUAAAAAAAAAUAAAAAAAAUGUGUGAUAAUAAAAAUAGUAAAAAUCUUUUGCAUUUAGAGCUGUAUUUGCAUACUGAAGCAUUUAUACAUAAUUUUAUUAAAUUUGGAGACACACAUAAGAGUUUAUUUCUUGGUUUAUAAUGACAGCUGUAACUCCUCAUUGGUCUAGAGACAAAGUUAAGUGAGAAUGAGACACAAAACUGUGUCUGAUUCAAUCAGUACAGACAACAGUCAAAAUUAAACCUUAAAUCUGCAGUGUUUAACUAGCAGCACUAAAUGCAAUUGCACUGUUUGAUGAUGUUCAGGACUUUUACUGACUUUUCCUAUAAAUCACCUCUCUGAGGCCUGACAACCCCAACGCCCAAAACAAACAAACAAAAGGGACCAACAAUGUCAUAGUGCAUCUAAGAAUUUCGGCAAUUAUAUCAGAGUCACGACACGGUUUGCUUUACAAAUGAGCACCUUUUGCAUCUGAAAUGGGCCAAUAGAUCAACGCUUAUCCACGUUUGCAUACGCGUUGUAUGGUGGGACUUUUUGUUAUGCCCAGUUUCACUUAAGCUCUUCAAGAGGGUUGAUAAGAAUGAUGAAGCCCCUUUAAAAUGCUAUUAAUGUACAUUAAUGUACUAAAAUUGUUGUUUUGAAGACAUUUUCCAGUACUUUAAAUUAUAUAUUACUGUAUAUGGAAUUUGGCAAUCGAUCACAACAAUGCAGUGAAACAAUUAAACUCGGGCGGGCGAUUUAAUGCGUUAAUUUGGCGUAAUUAUGGAAAAAAUAAUGUUAAAAUUAUGAAUGCUUUUUCCGCACCCCGCCUCACCAAGAGCUCUGUCAUCUUACACUGCCUGCAGUUUAGUUACAAACAUGAUGCACAGCAACAAUUGUCUGCAUGAUGAAGCCUAUUAGAAAGCAGCUAAAAUGCCACUAAAGUUCAAGAUAUGAGGGCAAAAUGCCCCUGUAUGGGUUUUUGUCUUACAGAGCAAAACACAAUAAACGUUGUCAUGUGAUCUCGCGUUCGGAUGCUGGUGUUUGGGAACUCAAUCGCGUGACGCUUCUGUGAGGGAAUUAAACCAAAUCAUUCUGAUGACAGACUUUGGCUCAGGCGUUUCAGAACCACCAAACCAACAUUUGAGAUGCUGCGAUGCGAUUGGUCCGCUGGUUAGUCCAGUGAUCCAAUCACAGUCUCUGCUGAGGCAAAGUCACAUGAGUUUUUAGUUGCGCAUCGAGGGAUUUAUUUGAUCAUAGUAUAUGCCCAUGUCUUCUUAGAUAACAUGUAUUCUCUUCAAUUGAGCACAUAUUUUGCAGAUUUUUAGAAUUUCUGGCAUUUCCAUCCAGGUUAUUUUAUGCAACAUCUAAAAAAACUGACAUUAAAAUAAGUGGAUGGAAACAUAGCUAAUGAAAAUAAUUCCAAACAAACUUCAGAACUGUUGUGCGUCACCAAGAAACAGACAGCAAUGUUUCAUUACUGAAUGAAUCCACGGUUUUAACAAAUCGAGCAAGCCAUUAAUUCAAUGAUCGCUUCGUUCCUGAAUGAAUCAGCUAUUUGAAUGAAUCAGUUGAAUGAAUGAUUCAAUGACUCACUCAUUAAGGCAGUGACUUGCAGCCACCUACUGGCGGUUUUAGUUUCAUAUUUAGUGUAUCAUUUUCAUUAUUCAUUUAUAUUCAUGCCACCUCUGAGCUGCAUUAAACAGUCUGUGUAAAUAUACCUAAAUGCCACUUCAGGUGCAACUUCGGGGAAAAAAAAAUGUUAUGGCCAGAUUUUAGUCUUUCAUUUCUAGCCAACAUUGAUGUGAGAUUAAUUUUAAAUAAUCGGCACAUCAUGUAAUGAAUUUGAUUAACAAUUGUAAUCGCUUGACAGCCCUAAUUUAAAUCUCAUAUACUGUAAACAAAACACACCAAUUACUAAUCAAAGCAGCGAUGAUUUAAAGGGGCGGAGUUUAAGGUUGAUAAGAGAAAAAUAGUGAAGGGCGGAGACAGUUGAAGAGAGAAGUCAUCAAGAAGAACAUCAUCUCUAACCACUUAAUUCAACAAGACACUAAAAAGAGUAAAUUAAAGGUAGGUCAUGUUUUUUCUACAACAAGUAGGAUUGAAAUAAAGAAUCAUCCUCUCUUAUUUUAAGUGAUCUUCGUAUCUGGUUGUAGUCCUGCUGAAAAGAGAGAUGUGGAUGUUUGGAUUCCUGCUUUCACUUCUCGGCACUGUUGCCAUUCAUGCCACAACAAAUAACUUGCAAGAGAAUAUUGCAAUCAAGGGAAAGGCUGUACAGUCAUCCACAUUUUACUAUGAGUCUAAUGUUGCCACUGAUGAUGAUAAUGUUACCUGCACCCACACCGAAACCGAGACUAACCCGUGGUGGAGGCUGGAUCUAAAGAGCUCGAAAAGCAUUCGAGAUGUGACUGUCACUAACCGGAUCGACUGCUGUCCGGAACAAAUCGACGGAGCAGAGAUUCGCAUCGGAAACUCCCUGGAGAACGACGGCAACAACAAUCCCAUAUGUUCGAACAUUUCUGGUAUUCCAGCAGGUGGAUCCGUCUCUUACUCAUGCAGUGGAAUGGAAGGUCGUUAUGUGAACGUGGUCAUUCCUGGAGAUUCAAAGAAUCUCACUCUGUGUGAAGUGAAAGUCUAUGGAACAGACAAUGUGAAAUUAAAUGGAAAUUCUGUUCAGUCAUCUAUAUUUCAAUACUGGAAUGCGGAACGUGCCGUCGAUGGAAUAAAAAUCGCCCCAGGCAUAGCCUCAUUUUGUACCCAUACAAAGGAGGAGAAGAAUCCAUGGUGGAGGCUGGAUCUGCUGGACAUUUACUAUGUUAGUGCAGUGACCAUCACAGGACGAGCAGACAGAGAUUUUCUACGAAUCAACGGAGCAGAGAUUCGCAUCGGAAAAUCCCUGGACAGUGACGGCAACAAAAAUCCCAGAUGUGCUGUAAUUCAGAAUAUUCCAGGAGUUGUUUCUUAUAACUACUCAUUUCCUCAUAUGGAGGGACGUUAUGUGAACGUGAUCAUUCCCGGAGACAAGAACGUUCUUUCGCUGUGUGAGGUAGAAGUCUAUGGGAGUUUGACAGUGAGGAAAAACUUUGUGAGGAUGAAAUUUGUCUCCACUUCUGACCCAGAGAACGACAAACUCCUAUAUCAGCUUCAGUCUGCUCUGGCAUUACGCGGGAUCACUGAUGUCAAAAUGUCCUGGACAAAACUUCCGCAGCGACGGCAGAAAUGUGAUGUAGAGGAAGGUAACAAAGUCUGUGUCCAGAUUGAUGCUGCAUGAAAACAAUGUUUUUCAUGUUGUAAAAAAGUCAGAUUCCCAUGCAUAUUCUCUAUUGAUGAUCUUCAUUUCUGAAUUUAAAUGAUUAGUAUAGAUCACUCUCACUCUCUCAACAACUUAUCACAAACACCACAGUGUGGCGCUAUAUAACCAAUGACUGUUUCUCGGUUCAUUAAAGAUGAAGUGUGUGUAA